AUGGCUCUCUCAUGGUUCUCUGAGCUAUCGGCCGGUGUCAUCACGAGAUUCUCAGUGCUCGAAGCCCUAUUCAAAUCACAGUUCAUUGCCGGACAAGUAUACAAGAAGACCAGUAUGCAUCUCAUGUCCGUCCGACAACAACCCAAUGAAAGUCUCAAGGAAUACAUCAAGAGAUUAAAUGACGAGUCCUUGAACAUACCAAACUUGCAAGAUUCCGUUGCCUUCACUGCACUCAUGACCGGGCUAAAGGCAGGAAGCCGAUUUCGUUGGGUCUUGGCCGACGAGAAAAUAUCUACCCUACCCCAAGCAAUGGUCCGGGCUCAGAGAUACAUUCAAUCCGCGGAAAUCUGCAAUCCGUCGGUCGAGACUGACCUUAAGAGGAAAAAAGAGGUCGUUGGACGAGAAAAAGAGAAGAAACCCAGAGAAACUGACAAUGGAAACGAUCCUCGGUAUAACAGUAACAGGAGGGAGAUAUACCUUGACAUCAAGGAAAAGUCGUUGUUGCCGAAUCCAGCCCCGAUCAGGACCCCCGCGUCCAAAAGAGACAAGAGCCUUUGGUGUGAGUUCCACAAAGAGUGCGGACACACCACCAAGGACUGUCGAGAAUUGAAGAGGGCCUUGGACAGACUCGCCGAUGAGGGAAAGUUGAACAAAUAUUUGAAGGGUUCCUCCUCUGGAAAGAAGGAAGAUAACAAGGGAUCAGAUGUCCAGAGCGAUCAUAUCGAGGGAUAUGUUGGGGUGAUAGCUGGGGGUCUCGCAUCUGGUGGCCUAACCGGUAACGCCAGAAAAAGACACUUGCACGCACUAACCCAUCAGAUCCUCGAUGUCGAAGCACCUUCAUCAGACCUCAAGUAUCCAACAAUAACGUUCCAAGAGAACCCCUCUCGAAUCAUCUGUACCCCGCACUAUGAUCCCCUAGUCGUUGAGAUUAAGGUAGCCAACCGAACAGUAAAAAGAGUGUUGAUUGAUAGUGGAAGCUCGACUGACAUCCUAACUCUUGAAUGCCUCCAGAGGCUACGUUACAAGAAAAGUGACCUCAUCAACAUCAGCCAACCCCUCGUAGGAUUCGGUUGUUAA